UUUGGGUCUUUGGUUGAGUAACACUUAUAUAGUCUGAUUUACUGCUUGUUUGAUUAAAAAUACAUAAGAUGAGCAAUACUAGGGAAAAAUUUCAAUUAGAUUAUGUCCGUAAAUCGUUCAGCCCCAUUAAUUAACCAUUUAAGAUGCAGUGUUUGUAUUAUUUGUUGGUGCUCCUCUAGGUACUGAGUUUAACCGGAGAUAAACUGACUAUCAGGUAACAGUUACCCAGGGCAGCGACUGCAAACAUGUGGUGGGAGGAAGAGGAGGAGGACAUAUUGUUAGGGCCCCUCCCCCCAGAGCCUCAUGUCCUAUUAGAAAAGACACUGGGUGUGAACUACAGCCGUGAGGUUCCCUCCCCAGCUCUAAGUGAAACCACAUUUGGGAAUGCACUCUACAUCCACACACCCAGCCUCAGUCUUAUGUCAACAUAUAAGAGAGCUACGCUGGACGAGGAGGACCUGGUGGACUCCACCGGUGACGACAUCUACCCAUCAUCACCUAUGCAGGUGACUCUUCUGCACGGCCGCAGUCCCAACUGUUGGCCUGACAGGACACAGACAGAGAGGAGGCUGCUGUUUCUACUGUGUGUCGUGUCUACAGGCUUUUUUAUAUCUCUCAUCACAGCCGGAAUCUUCUACAAACAGGCUCACCCUGGGCAGUGCCUCUCGGAGCCGUGCAUCACUGUGGCCAGUCUGGUAAUGGAAGCUCUGGACCGAUCUGUGAACCCCUGCGAUGACUUUUACAACUUUGCCUGCGGGGGCUGGGUGAAGAAAAACCCCCUCCCUGAGGGCAAAUCCCGCUGGGGACCUUUCAGCAAUCUCUGGGAGCACAACAUGCACGUGAUGAAGCAUUUAUUGGAAAACACAACGAUGAAAGGCCUGAGUCAGGCUGAAGAAAAGGCCCAGUGGUAUUAUCAAGCCUGCAUGAAUGAAGCCAAGAUCGAGGAAUUAGGAGCUAAACCACUACAGGAUUUAAUCAACCAGUUGGGAGGAUGGGCUCUGACCAGUGACUGGGAUAAGGAAAACUUUCAGGACGUUUUACGCGUGGUAUCAGCAAGCUUUCACACCUCACCUUUCUUCACUGUGUUUGUCAGCACAGACUCCAAAAACUCCAACAGCAACAUCAUCCAGGUGGAUCAGUCCAGCCUGGGUUUACCUUCACGGGAUUACUACCUCAACAAAACAGCCAAUGAAAAGUAUCUGUCAGCGUACCUCCACUUUCUGACCGAGUUAGGGAUUCUCCUGGGAGGCACCGAGGAGAAGUCUCGGACGCUGAUGGAGGAGAUUGUAGACUUUGAAACCACCCUGGCCAACAUCACAGUCCCACAAGAGGAGAGGAGAGACGAGGAGCUCAUCUACAACAAGAUGCAAGCCAAAGAUCUAAAAACUUUGGCUCCUGCUGUGGACUGGAUGCCGUACCUCAAAGAAGUGUUUGCCCCUGUGCAGCUCAACGAAUCAGAGCCAGUGGUUGUUUAUGCCAAAGAAUACCUCCAGAAAGUUUCUGACCUCAUAAGUAAAACAAAUAAAAGCAUCCUCAACAACUACAUGAUUAUGAAGGUGGUGAGGAAGAUGGUUUCCAUUUUGGACCAAAGGUUCCAGGAUGCAGAGCAGCGUUUCCUUGAGGUCAUGUCAGGAACAAAGAAGAGCUGCACUCCACGCUGGAAGCUGUGCGCCAGCGACACAGACAGCGCCCUUGGCUUCGCUCUGGGAGCCAUGUUCGUCAAAGACACCUUUCCUGAGGACAGCAAGUCCAUUGCUGAAGACAUGGUUGGAGAAAUUAAAUCGGCGUUUGAGGACAGCAUAAAGUACGUGAACUGGAUGGAUGAAGAGACAAAAAAAGCAGCCAAAGAAAAGGCAGAUGCAUUAUACAACAUGGUGGGAUAUCCAGAAUUUAUCAUGAACGCCACAAAGCUGGACAAAGUGUACAAUGAUUUUGAAGUGGUGUCAGAGCAUUACUUCCAAAACGUCAUGCAGUACUACAACUUCUCAGGCAGAGUGACCGCAGACCAGCUGAGGAAAGCACCAAACAGAAACCAAUGGAGCAUGACCCCUCCGACUGUGAAUGCAUACUAUAACCCAACCAAGAACGAGAUGGUUCUGCCAGCAGGAAUCCUUCAGGCUCCGUUCUACAGUCGCUCUUGGCCAAAAGCUCUGAACUUUGGUGGCAUUGGAGUGGUAAUGGGACAUGAACUGACUCAUGCUUUUGACGACCAAGGCAGGGAAUACGACAAAGAUGGAAAUCUGCGUCCUUGGUGGAACAAUGCGUCUGUGGAGGCAUUCAAGAAGCAGACGCAAUGUAUGGUGGAGCAGUACGGGAACUACAGCAUCAACCAGGAGCCUCUGAACGGACGACAGACCCUUGGAGAAAACAUCGCCGACAAUGGAGGACUCAAGGCUGCCUACAAGGCUUAUACAAACUGGAUCAAAAAGAACGGCGAUGAAGCCACACUGCCUGCACUGGGAAUGACCAAUCAUCAGUUGUUUUUUGUAGGAUUUGCACAGGUUUGGUGCUCUGUCAGGACACCUGAAAGCUCACAUGAGGGCUUAAUCACAGAUCCUCACAGUCCAUCAAGAUUCAGAGUCAUCGGCACGAUCUCAAACUCACAUGAAUUCUCAAAGCACUUUGGCUGCAGCGCAGAUGCUCCCAUGAACCCCAAACACAAAUGUGACCUUUGGUGAUGCUCCGUUUCUUGAUGCUGUUCAUCAACAGAGAUAGAGACCGACUAUGAGGAAAAAAGCCUGAGUCACUGAUGAAGUUUCUCACUUUGAGGAAGAACCACUGAACUCCUGCUGCUUUGCCACUUAAUGCUUACCAGGCUCCUCUUUGUCAGGAUUAAAGGUUACUGAUCUGUAUUGAGGAUCACAAUCUUCAGGGCUUUUCCACAAUGACUGUGGGUUUAGCAGCUUUCCACAACUUCUAAACCUAAAUGUAGAUAUGAAAUGUGCUUUGUGAACACUGGAAACCCAAAGAAUGCUUACAACAGGGGGAGUCACUCUUAAUUUUUAUGUACAGCUUGUUUGUCACAAUUAGUGAUGAACAGGUAACAUCACGUUUGUUUUGAACUCUUCACUGUGCUUGCAUCUGCUCCUGUUGCAUUCAGUUGUAUUUUAUUUAAGGUCACAUUAUUUUAUAAUAUAUCCACCAUAAGGACUUUUAAGACUUUUAGCCUGGUUGAUCGUUAGAUAUCUGGUUCAUCUGGACCAUUUUAAAGUAAUUUUAAAAGAGUCAGUUUACAUGGGUUUAAAUACAACAAAGUUAAUAUUUCAGAACAACUUCAGUUGGACAACCUGGUGGGACUAAAGAUAUUGAUGUACAAUGUUUAUUUUUUUAUACUUGGUGUCAAGAGCAGAUACAAGUCAGAAAAAAUGAAGGAAAUCAACUGCAAUAAAUUAAAGCUUUAACUUUUUCCAUUCAGAACUCAGUCUUACUGGCUAAGCUAUUUUGUGCCACACAUAUUUUUAUGAGCAAGAGUUUGUCACAGAUUAUUUUGUAUAGUAAAACCAAUCUUCAAAACA